GGGCCGGAGUCUCCGCGGGGCGGGGGCCGCGUGCCCGCGGGUGAAGGGCUCGGCGCGCCGGGGCCGCGGGGAGGUGGGGCGCCCGGGGUGCGGUGCGCGAGGCCUGCGGGCUGCGAGCCGGCCCCACGUCGCUGGGGUAUUCGUUCGCCACAUGAGGACACUGAGGCACGGAGAGGCCGACGUCACGCCAGAAGUAAGCGACAGCGGCCCAGCUGGGGUCAGAACCUGGGCAGCCGGACUCAGGGCCCUGGCACCCAGCGGUGCGCCCUGCAGUGACCCAGGGUGCCUGGAGGUCUGCUAGCUUUGAACCCUUCCUCUCCCUGCUCUCUCGCAAUCUGGUCCACCUCAGAGAGCCGGGCUGCAGUCUCAGGGAUGGGCUCCUCUCCCACCUUCCCCAGAACCUUGCUGUCAUCAGCAGACCAGCCCGGUGCUUGCAGGAAAACAGGCCUUCAAAUGGGUAUUUGCCUUCCCUGUGGCUGGCAGAUGGCUUUCUGUGACCAGAGCCCGUGUUGUGGACAAAUCUGAUUCUGAAAUAGACAAAGGGAAGCUUGGAGCGGGAAGAGGAACAGGACUGGCUUCCUUCCGCAAUCUGGCAAGCCCAGAGAGGGAAAUUAAACCAGCUUUGUCUUGGAUUGAGGCAGCCCCAGUGUUACCUCUUCCUGUGGUGCGGAGCUGCUGACCCCCGCCGGUGAUGGGCCACGUCCUCCCCUGCCCUCCCACACACCGGGACACCUCCUGGCCCUCCAGGCUCGCCAAGAUGCCCAUCGUGGUGGAAGACAUCAUGAAGCUGCUGUGCUCCAUCUCUGGGGAGAGGAAAAUGAAGGCGGCCGUCAAGCACUCUGGGAAGGGCGCCCUGGUCACAGGGGCUGUGGCCUUCAUGGGUGGUCUGGUCGGAGGCCCACCCGGACUAGCUGUUGGGGGGGCUGUCGGGGGUCUACUAGGUGCAUGGAUGACAAGCGGACAAUUUAAGCCGAUUCCUCAGAUCAUAAUGGAGCUGCCGCCCGCUGAGCAGCAAAAGCUCUUUAAUGAAGCCACCGCCAUCCUCAGGCACGUGGACUGGACGGACGCCGUGCAGCUGACCACGCUGGUCAUGGGCAGCGAGGCCCUGAAGCAGCAGCUGCUGGCCAUGCUGGUGAACUACGUCACCAAGGAGCUCCGGGCCGAAGUUCAGUAUGAUGACUAGGUCGCUCCUCCUGGGAAGUGCGGGUGUCAUUUAGAUGAUUCUCGGGACUCACAGGAGGGGACAGGGGAGUUGGGGAAGCCGCACAUCAUCAGUGUGUUACCUUAAAUGGAGUGAAAUCUGCUGGAGAGGCUACUACUAUGCUGUAUCAUGUUCUGGAAAUUAUUUAUGAAGAUGCUGUGUUUUGUGACAACCCUUUCACUGGGAGGCUGGUAGACAGCGAAACCCUGCCUGCCCCAGACAUGGGUGACAGCUUCCUGAAUCCACUGUCACUCAUAUGGGAGCGUAGCAGGAGGCCCUCGUGUUCCGUCUCCUCGCCUGUGAAGAUGAGCCCUGUCCGAAGCACCCGUUACAGGACUGGUUCCUUCCCUGGGGCCCAGGGUCUCAGGACCUGAGAGCUGGCCUGUGCUGGAAUUCACCUUUCCCUCCUGUGCCCCUUCCCUGACCAGUGACUCUGAGUGGCCCCACACAGGGUCAGUCGCCUGUUGAGCGAAGCCACAAACAUCCAGGCCCCCAGCCCUUCUCUAUGUAGCACACCUGGGCUCUCACCCUCCCAGGGGCUUCCUCUCCCCAUUGGACAAGUUGUGGUACUUCUUGAGUUUUGCUUUUAAAAUUAAAUACUUCCAGCCAA